CCGCUUUCCCCGGCCGGCUGGAAUUCCUAUCCCGCUUUCCUCGGCUAGGGUUUCUCUGUGUGCAAUGGCUCCGGACUCAGGUCUCUUUCCCGAAGAGCCGCUCUUAAAGGUGCUGCCCUUAGACGCUAAGGACAGGGGCACCCAGCGCUGUCGCCUGGGUCCGGCCGCCCUCCGCGCCUUGGGCGCGCACUUGGGCUCGGCGGUGAGGAUCUCUCUGCCAGACGGCGGCUCCUGCCUCUGCACCGCCUGGCUGCGGCGGGAUGGAGCAGAUGGGUUUGUGCAACUGGAUCCGCAGUGCGCGAGCCCGGGGGCGGCCGUGGGGGCUUCGGGGUUCCGAGGAAAUCUCCGCUUAAGUAGCCUCCGUCUGGUGUCCUGCCCGUCCCUGCGGCAUCUCACUGUGUGGCCGGUGUUGCGCGAGGGGGCGGGCGCGCCCGGUGCCUCGAAUCCAGCUGCGGUGCUGGAGGCGGCGCAGGAGCUCCUCAGGAACCGACCUGUCUCCCGGGGCCACGUGGUGACCGCUCCACCGGGCGCUCCCGGCCCUGUAGCCGCGCUGCACGUCGUCAGCGGGGCGCCCAGCCCGGAUCCCGCAGGGCUCGUCACGCCUCGCACCCGCAUCGGUCUCAGCGGGGUGCCUCCUUCGAAGGUGGAGCCGCGGCCCCAGGUGCCCUUGGGGGGCCUCUCGGAGGCUGCCGACUCGCUGCGGGAGCUCCUCCUCCUGCCGCUCCGAUAUCCCCGCACCUUGGCAGCCCUGAGGCUCGCAGUGCCUCGCGGGGUGCUCCUGGCGGGUCCCCCCGGAGUGGGCAAGACUCAGCUGGUGCAGGCCGUGGUCCGGGAGGCGGGUGCGGAGCUGCUGGCGGUGAGCGCCCCCGCGUUACAGGGCGCCCGGCCCGGGGAGACCGAGGAGAACGUGAGGCAGGUGUUCCAGCGCGCGCGGGAGCUGGCCAGCCGCAGACCCACCCUCCUCUUCCUGGACGAGGUGGACGCCCUGUGUCCCCGGCGGGGCGGCCCACACCGAGCCCCCGAGAGCCGCGUGGUGGCCCAGGUGUUGACGCUGCUAGACGGCAUCGGUGGGGACCGCGAGGUGGUGGUCGUGGCAUCCACCAACCGGCCGGACACUCUAGACCCGGCGCUGCGCAGACCGGGGAGAUUUGACCGAGAGGUUGUCAUUGGGACUCCCACACUUCAACAAAGAGAGGCGAUACUCCAGGUGAUUACCUCAAAGAUGCCCGUCUCAGGUCAAGUCGAUUUGAGCCUCCUUGCAGAAAUGACAGUUGGUUAUGUUGGUGCAGACCUGACUGCACUUUGUAGGGAAGCUGCCCUACACGCUCUCCUUCACAGUAAGAAGAACCAGGACAACCCGACUAUUGAUGAAGCAGACUUCCUUGAAGCUUUUAAAAAGAUUCAACCCUCAUCAUUUCGAAGUGUCAUUGGACUGAUGGACAUCAAGCCUGUUGGCUGGGAGCAGAUUGGUGGCCUCGAGGAUGUAAAACUGAAGUUAAAACAGAGCAUCGAGUGGCCUCUAAAAUUCCCUCGGGAAUUUGUCAGGAUGGGCCUGACACAGCCAAAGGGAGUUCUUCUGUAUGGUCCCCCUGGAUGUGCUAAAACCACCUUGGUGAGGGCCCUGGCCACAAGCUGCCGUUGCUCUUUUGUUUCAGUGAGCGGAGCUGAUCUCUUUUCUCCUUUCGUUGGAGAUUCAGAAAAAGUCUUGUCUCAGGUAUUUCGACAAGCAAGAGCAAAUACUCCAGCAAUUGUGUUUUUGGAUGAAAUUGAUUCAAUCUUGGGCUCUCGAUCCAUCAGCAAAACAGAAUGUAAUGUUCCAGAGCGGGUUCUUUCUGUUCUCCUGAAUGAAUUAGAUGGUGUAGGACUGAAGACUAUAGAGAGAAGAGGAAGUAAAUCAGAUCAACGGGAGUUGCAAGAAGUUUUUAAUAGAAAUGUCAUGAUUGUUGCUGCAACAAAUAGACCUGAUGUAUUAGAUGAUGCCUUAUUACGACCUGGAAGAUUAGAUAAGAUUAUUUAUAUCCCACCUCCAGAUGAAAAGGGCAGGCUUUCUAUUCUGAAAGUCUAUACAAAAAACAUGCCAAUGGGGCCAGAUGUUUCCUUAGAAAACCUAGCAGCAGAAACCUCUUUUUUCUCUGGUGCUGAUCUUGGAAACCUUUGCAAAGAAGCUGCCUUGCUGGCUCUGCAAGAAAAUGGACUGGAAGCAACCACAGUGAAACAAGAGCACUUUCUGAAAUCACUUCAGACUAUAAAACCGUCCUUAAGUCACGAGGACUUGACUUUAUAUGAAAACUUAUUUCAGAAACAAGGAUUUUCUAACUUAGGGGAUAUUUAAAAAUUAUGUUACAUCCCUGCUCAAGGAUUAAUUGAACUAUGAACUUGCCCUAUGGUUUGCAACUUUGCAGUUUUAGAGUUUGUGUGUAUCGUUUCCUACAAAUAGAAGCAUAAGCACCCGAUAAGCUAAAGUUCAUCUUAUUUCUAAAAAGUAUAUUAAAAUACCAUAAUUUGGGAAGAAAGUA